CACAACCAUAACCCGGAAGUGUUUGUGUUGUCGACUGUUUAACGAAGACGUGAGCUGGAUUAUCUCUUAUUACUACCACAUAAGAAAUGAUGUAUUAUUGAUCUCGAAUCUUAAACAGAGCUUCAGACAUGUCUAUGUCCCACCUGUACGGGCGGGGAGAGGAAGAGGAGGAAGGUGUGGAGAUUGAGAGAUUUGAGGUGACAGAGUGGGACCUGGCCAAUGAGUUUAACCCAGAACGUCGCAGAUUCAGACAGACCAAGGAGCAGGCCACCUAUGGCAUCUGGGCCGACAGAGAUUCAGACGAAGAUGAGAGGCCUAGCUUUGGUGGCAAGAAAUCUAAAGACUAUAGUGCACCAGUGAACUUUGUGAGUGCUGGUCUGCGUAAGACUGCUGCUGAGGAGAAGCAGCAGCAAAAAGAAGGAGACUCUGAUGAAUCUGAUGAGGAGUCUCCUGCAGCACCACCCCCUCCUCGUGGCACUGCACCCAAAAAACUUCAGAUGGGUACUUUCCGAGGACAUCAGUCGCAGAGGUUUGCAGGUGGCAUACAGUCUGGAAAAGGCAUUGGCAGCUGGGAGAAGCACACCAGGGGAAUUGGGCAAAAACUUCUGCAGAAAAUGGGCUACCAACCAGGAAAAGGCCUGGGCAAGAAUGCUCAAGGUAUUGUAAACCCUAUUGAAGCAAAAGUUCGUAAAGGAAAGGGAGCUGUCGGUGCUUAUGGCAAUGAGCGAACCCAACAGAGCCUUCAGGACUUUCCUGUGGUUGACUCGGAAGAAGAGGAAGAAAAGGAGUUUCAGAAGGAACUAGGCCAGUGGCGUAAAGAUCCUGCAGGGCCUGCUGGAAAGAAGAAACCCAAGUACUCCUACAGAACUGCAGAUGAGCUGAUGGCUAAAGGCAAAGUGGCGGGAAGGAGCACAGCUGCAUCCGCUGGAGAGCUGGCUCAAGUUAAGGUAAUAGAUAUGACUGGAAGAGAGCAAAAGGUUUACUACAGUUACAGUCAGAUGUCCAACAAGCACAGCGUUCCCGAUGAAGGCCCUCCAAGCAUGUCAACUCGGGAUCAGAAGGGAACAAGCUUUGCUCUUCCUGAGCUUGAACAUAACCUGCAGCUGCUGAUAGACCUCACAGAACAGGACAUAUUACAGUCUGCCAGGCGUCUGCAGCAUGAAAAAGAUGUGGUUGUGUCUCUGAGCCAUGAAUCAGUAGCAUUGCAGAGCAGACUGGAUGCAGAGCAAGAUUCCAUCCAGCGAAUGGAAGCCGUACUAGCACUGGUGGAGCGCUUUCCUUCAGGGGAGACGGCACCGGGGGAGGGACCCACCCUGCAGGAGUGUGCUCGGAUAUUUGAGACCUUACAAACAGAUUAUUAUGAAGAAUACAAGACAAUGGGCUUGUCAGACCUGGCUGUAGCUGUUGUGCAUCCGUUACUCAAAGAGAAACUUCGUUCCUGGGACCCGCUGAAGGACAGCUCUUACUGUCUGGAGGACAUUGGUCAGUGGAGAGCGAUCCUUGAAUCUCGAGACUUCCACUCCAGUGGCCCGGAUUCAAAUAUGGAUUCUUACCACAGACUAUUAUGGGAAGUGUGGAUCCCAGUGAUGCGGCCAUGUGUGUCAAACUGGCAGCCUCGUAUGGUCGGGCCAAUGGUGGACUGUGUAGAAGUGUGGGCUCCUCUUCUGCCCUUGUGGAUCCUGGACCACAUGUUGGAGCAGCUGAUCUUACCCCGACUACAGCGAGAGGUGGAUAACUGGAACCCGUUAACCGACACAGUGCCUAUCCACUCCUGGAUCCACCCAUGGCUGCCUCUGCUUCAAUCACGCCUGGAGCCUCUUUACCCACCAAUUAGGAGCAAACUAUCCAAUGCCUUGCAGAGGUGGCAUCCCAGCGACACCUCAGCCCGCCUCAUCUUGCAGCCAUGGAAAGACGUUUUCACACCAGGUGCAUGGGAGGCAUUCAUGGUGAAAAACAUCAUCCCUAAACUAGCGUUGUGUCUCGAAGAGCUGGUUAUCAACCCUCACCAGCAGCAGAUGGAGCCAUUUCACUGGGUGAUGGACUGGGAGGGCAUGCUGUCCCCCUCCAGCCUUGUGUCUCUGUUGGACAAAAACUUCUUUCCAAAAUGGUUGCAGGUCCUGUGCUCAUGGCUGAGUAACAGUCCUAACUAUGAGGAAAUCACUAAAUGGUACCUUGGUUGGAAAAGUAUGUUCAGUGACGUCUUGCUGGCGCAGCCUCUCAUUAAAGAGAAAUUCAAUGAGGCAUUGGACAUCAUGAACCGUGCAGUGUCUUCAGGCAUUGGUGGAUACAUGCAGCCCGGUGCAAGGGAGAAUAUUGCUUAUCUCACACAGACGGAAAGAAGGAAAGACUUCCAGUAUGAAGCUUUGCAGGAGCGCAGGGAUGCCGAGAGUGUGUCCCACAGAGGCACCGGCACCGGUGUGCCAACUAACUUUAAAGAUCUAAUCCAAACCAAGGCAGAGGAGAACAACAUUGUCUUCAUGCCCUUGGUGGCCAAACGUCACGAGGGGAAGCAGCUGUACACCUUUGGGCGCAUUGUUAUCUACAUAGACAGAGGGGUUGUGUUUGUGCAAGGAGAGAAGACUUGGGUGCCCACAUCUUUGCAGAGUCUGAUAGAUAUGGCGAAGUGAGCAAGUCGUCCGUUUGCCAAGUGUAAAAAGACAACGAUGGAGCACAUUUUUAUGUAACUUCAGUAUAUUGAAGCUUUGUCAUAUGUCUCUUUCUAAAUGUGUAAAAUGUCUGAUUGUGAAUAAAUAAUUUUUGGAACGGG